GAGGGAAGGUGUUGCGCGAAAAAUUUGAUUGCUUAACCAAACUUUCAUAGUUGCACCAUAUUCGAUAAAGAUAUGGUCAUUAUUAAGAUGAAUAAAACAAAGGUAUACUUUAACAUACCAAUUUACAUAGGAUUUACUAUUCUAGACAUAUCAAAAAUAAUAACAUAUGACUUUCAUUACAAUUACAUUAAAGAGACUUUCAGUGAUUCUGCAAAAUUACUCUACACAGAUACUGACAGUCUUGUUUAUCAUAUUACAGUGCCAAAUUUUUAUGAUUAUAUUAAAAGAGAUAUACAUAAAUUCGACACAUCCGAUUAUCCUGAAAACAACAUUUAUAAUAUACCACUUGCAAACAAGAAAAUCCUGGGUCUUAUGAAAGACGAAAAUAACGGUAAAAUUGUAGACGAAUUUAUAGGUUUAAGAUCAAAACUAUAUGCAUUCAAGUUAUGGGGUGGUGAGGAAGCUAAAAAGAAAGCAAAAGGGGUAAAAUAUUCAACUUUAAAAAAAUAGGUUUCGAUGAUUUUAAGCAUACUCUCAAUGAAAAUGAAAACCUGAUCCGAUCUCAGCACUUUAUACGCAGCAAAAAACAUGAAGUAUUCAUUGUCAAACAAAAUAAAAUUGCUCUAAGUUGGCAGGAUGAUAAAAGAAUUUUGAUACCAGGAAAAACUGGCACCUUUCCUUGGGGUUACCAACAGCAUGAUCCAAUGGAAAUAGAUGAAAUUGAUGUAUAA